UUGGAAAGCGUUGCUGGAGGAAGCGUUUUGUAAACAAGUCGAGUAAUUUCUUGAUUCAUUCAAAGAUUUAUGGGACACUAAAGGGCUCCAGCACUCGAUUUGUCCCAGUUCACCACCGGGGAUUUUUUUUCUAACUGUAAAGAGCCGCUAAAGAGCUGCCGUUAGGCUAGGUUAGCAUGUUAGCUAGCUGACAGCGUUAGCAUCGGUUGGAGGCACGUUAUGGAUCCGUUGAGUAUAGUGGCGGAUGAAGUGGCUUUGGAGGGGCUGGACGGGAUAACUCUUCCCACGUUGUGGAUACGACUUGAGGACAGAAAGCCCAAGUUUCCUCUCAAACUCGACGACUGCACUAAGGAGCUUCUGUGGAGGUCUCUAAUCAGCAACAGCGACCUGCAGUUUUAUGAGCUCCCACAGGAGAGAGGGGAUGUUGAACUGUUUGACAGAUUUAAAGACAUCGACCCAGAAACCGGUAUCGAGACGACACACAAGUAUUCUGACACCCGGAGAGACGUCUACCCAAUCCAUAUUGUCCAAAACAACAAGAAUGGGAUUCAGGGCUCAUGUGUCUUCUUUGAAAAGAGGAAAGAUGUCACCAAGUUUGUCCGGUGCAAGUCCCUCACCCCGCUGAUCACCUUGCAGGAGGCUUUGGAAAGAUAUGGCCGAAAGCUUGUCGUCGUGGCGUCUCAGUCACUGAGAUUCAGGGCCCUGAUUGGUAAUGAGAGCGAUCCUGAUUUGAAACUCACCAAUGAAUCUUACUGUGUGUUGGAACGAGUCGGCAGAGCGAGAUGGCAAGGAGAGCUGCAGAAGGAUCUGCACGGAUCCUCUUUCAAGAUCGAUGCUCGAAAAUUGCACUACAUGAGGAAGUCUUUGGUCAGACAUGGACUAGUCAGCAUGCAGUCUUACGUCACCAGAACCAAAUCUGGGCAGCAGCUACACUCGAUUCUCCUGUUGCUCAAACGCUUUCAUGUAAACAGGAGGAGUAAGUACGACAUACUGAUGGAGAACGUGUCCAACUUCCUCGAGCAGAUGCCUGGACAGUUGGCAACUUUAUUUACAGUCAGAGAGCAACUCAAUAUAAAUGAACGUACAUACAAGCGUAUUUUUCAGUAUAUGAAAGCUGCCAAGUUGAUCGAGUUGUGCAUGUGUCCUCUGGAGGAGUUAGACCCUGGGAAAGGGCCCUGCAUAAAUAAAAAAGGGAAAAAAGUGCAAGUGCGCUGCAUGAGGCUGAUAAAACCAUACUCAAAAAAGGGAGUUCCCGAUGAAGACGAUGAUGAAGAUGAUGAGGAAGACAAUGAUUCUGGGGGUAGGAGAAGAGCUCUGUGUGCAGAGGGGCGUAUUAUGGAGAUGGAUGUCCUCACACAGGCCUAUCAGAUGGUGCUAUCCUCAGGAACAAAUGGAAUAGCAAAGACUGCUAUUGGCCAGAAGAUGAACAUUGGGAAGCUAGAAUCCCGAAUGGUCUGCCGAAAUCUGGAGAGGGCCGGUAUGGUUAAGGGAUUCAUGGUGGACGAGGGUCGGCAGAGGACGACAAAAUACAUCAGCCAUAAAUCCGUGGAAGUGAGUAAUCAACUCCAACUUUUUGCCAAAGAGCAGGAACGGUGCAAAAUGCUCACCUCGUCUGGGCCUCAGAAAACCGAUGGUGCAGUCGCCACCCCUAAAACACCAACGCCAAGAGCAAGAGAAAAUAAAAGUUCAGCAAGAAAAAGGAGCCAGAAAACAGACAAAAGAGGAAACAAAGAUGCAAAAGAGUUGGAGCAAAUAUGUGCUGCUGGAGAAAUGGAGCCAGCAGAUGAAGGGUUGGAUGGAGAGAAAGGAAAUACCACAGGGAGGAAAAAUGAUCAGGCACAAUCUGAGAUCCCUGUUAUGGAGUCAACAAAAGCUGAAGAUGCAACACUAAACUCCAUCAAGCCCGCAGCAGCAGACUCAGAAUCCACCUCCAGAGAAGAAACCAGACAAGCUGAAGAAGAGGAAGGGGAAUCUAAAUCACAACCCACCAGUCCUUUGCCCCAGAAUGAGGAGUCAAAUUCAGCCUGUAAAUCAGGAGAAAACAAUAUUGAGGUUGUAAAAGAUGCUUAUCAACUGGAGGCCCCCAGCUGCAUCACCUGGUCCAAAAGAGCUCUGGACAGGUCUCAUGAGACGUACCGCAUGCUCAGGAGAAAGAACCUGAUCGUUGAAGCAAUCCGCAACUUCAAAGUCAUUGAGGGAACUUUUCCACUACAGAAAAUGAUCAAUGAGAACGAGAAGCUGGACGGGAACAACUGUAAGUGUUGCAAGAAGACUAUUUUGCGUCUCAUCCACAGUCUGUCCAGAGAGGGUUUACUUAAGAUUUACAAGACAACUGUGAUACAGGACGGGAUCACCAAGAACAUUCAGAUGUUUGUACAUCCGUCUGUUACGCCCAACGAUGACGUAGUGAAUCGAAUCAUUGAUCAGGUCCGCUUCAGAAUCUCCAGCUCUUACCAAGCCAGUCGUUUGCAGGAAGCUGAAGAGAAAGCCAGACAACAACAAAAAGACAAAAAGAGACAGAGCGAUGACGACUUCAAGCCUGAAACAGUUCGUGGAUUGGGCAAAAGUCUCGGCUUCCAGCCUAAGAUGCAUCGCCUGCGCGUCAUUCAUAACUUCCUCUGGUACCUGAUAUACGGUCACCCGCUCAGACAGGACGCCUCUGGUUCUAACUCAGUCAGUCAAACUCCAGAAAACACAGAGGUGCAGCCCUCUGAAAGCACUGCCUCCGGCUCUUCAGAUUCACAGACUGCAGAUUCUUCUUCGUCCAAGUUAGAUGUCGCAUCAGGGGAUGAGGAUGAAGAGCAGGAAAUAUCAGAACCAGGCUCCUCUCAGUCUAAGAUAACAGUGUAUGCUGAAGAAGAGUCAUGGAAGAGGUUUAUGCCUCCGGUCCGUGUGCGUAAGGACUACAGCUCUGGUUGGGCGAUGGUGGGUGACCUGCUCCUCUGCCUGCCUCUCUCUGUCUUCAUUCAGGUCAUACAGAUCAAUUAUAAGGUGGAAGGACUGGAGGAAUAUCUCAACGACCCCUUGAAGCAGCACCACCUGGUCCGGAUGCUUCCUGCUACAAUCAAAAGACAGCUGCUCUAUAAACGGAAAUACAUCUUCUUAUUCUUCGAGAGCCUGCAGAGGCUGGUGUACAUGGGUCUCCUGCAUUUUGGUCCUAUAGAGAAGUUCAAGGACAAAGACCAGGUGUUUUUAUACCUAAAGCGCCAUGCCACCAUUGUUGACACGACCAGCGCUGAGCCUCACUACUGGCUGGUCACAGAGUCCCCUGACAAACCUUUUGAGAGGCGGCAGUACACGUUCAACACCGCUGAAGAUGUGGAAAACUACUGGUUUGACCUGAUGUGUGUCUGUCUCAACACACCUCUGGGGGUCAUCCGUAAUAAAAGAAAUGUCACCAACGAGGAAACACCUCCCUCCUUUGUGCACGAUCGCUAUGUGUUUGUAGGACUGUCAUAUUUGCUGAAAGGCAGUCGUGAAGUGUGUGACGACGGGUCGAUACCAGGUGACGCUAAAGGAGCAGGAGGGCUGCACUCUGAAUUCUUCAGUCAUCUCAAACGCAAUUGGCUGUGGACCAAUCACCUACUCGCUGUCAGAACGACACCAAGUGGUUUAGAAGCCAAAGAGACCAAAAUCAGACUGAACAGCCUGCUGAGUAGAAGUGCUCUCCGGAUCGCGCUAAAAGCUGGAGGAAGUUCUACACCUCGAUAUCUGACCAACAAGAAGAUACUGACAGUGGAAAAUGUGGAGGUGGGGAUAGAGCCUGCAUCUAGAAACAAGCAGGUGGUUGGAGGAAAGAGUCAGAAGAGAAAGAGAAGCAAAAAAGAGGUCAUCAAACCCCCACGCAAGAAGAAGAAGGAACCAAAGAAACGUUUGCCUGCCCACGAUGAGGCGGACCACAGAGCUUUGAAAAUGAUGACCAGACAGAGAGUCCUGUGGAGCGUACAGGAAGACUCACUGAUGAUGCUCUGCAGUGUGGCCUCACACUUGUUCAACAGCACACUACGAAGGCCAUUUGUGUCUCAUUGUGUGGUCAGAGACAUGCUCCACACAGAGUAUGAGAUGUCAGCUGAUAAAACAUCCCUCGCCGUUGGACGUCGCUCAAGAUACAUCCUUAAAAAUCCCCAGACUCUUCUAAACUACAGGAUCUGUUUGGCUGAGGUGUACGAGGACAAACCUCUCAUGAAGCUGUUAGACGAGAACAAACCUUCUGAUCCAGACAGUCCAGAGGAUUGUGCAGCAGCGUUCUCUGAGUAUGUUAGACUGCUCAGAGAGAAGUUCAGCUCCUCCCUGAGCGCUCGUGAAGUGAGCCUGCCUGACACCAAACGUGAGCUCUUCUCACGGUUUAAGGUUUCAGCGAUAGAGAACAGAAAGCAGGUGCCGGCCAAAGACACUCUCCAUUGCACUGAUGACAUUCAUGCUACCGUGUUGCAUAACUUGAUCCAGAGCACUCUGGCCAUGACCAACAAUCAGAUGAAGUCCUCAAGAUCCUUUCAGACCUUCCACAUGUACAGUAAGUUUAACCAGGAGCUGCUGUGCCAGGUGUUCAUUCAGUGCAGGGAGAGAGGCUUGGUCAACCGCCGUCGCGUCAACCAGCCGUUUGGGCCGAAGAAGAACCGAGCGCUACCCAUCCUGCCAAUGUCUUACCAGCUGUCUCAGUCCUACUACAGGUGUUUCUCAUGGCGUUUCCCUCACUCCCUGUGCACUGACUCCUUCCGCUUCUUAAGGAGUCUGAUUGCCAACAAGGUUGGGGACGACAGACCCUUCAUUAUCUUCUACCAUGAAACUGAGAACAGGUCAGCAAACGGGGAAAUGGUGGUGGAGAAAAAAACAGGGACUGAAAGGAAAAAAAAGACAAGUGAUGGAGGGGCAGCUAGCAGACCGGUGAAUGAGCCGGAAAAAGCAGCAAGUAGCUCCACAGAAGAAGGGGAGAAAGACCAAAGAAAAGUGGAAGAAGACACUUUAAUGGAGGUUGGUGAUGAAAACACAAACACAACCGGCACAGUUGUAGAACAGAAAAGCCAAGAAGAUUCCUCAACAGCUGAAUCAGCUGAAGGUCCAUCCACCAGGGAGCAAACAGACGAUCAUCAGUCUGAAGCUGCUGCCUCAAGCUCCUCUCCUGAAGCUUCAGGGGAGCCAGAUGUUUCAGACAUGGUUCGGUUUCCUCUGGACUCUCCAGGAGGAUCCUGUGUGGUCUCUAUUAGCCUGAUGUCUCUGGGACUGCUGGCGGUGCACCUGUCCAUACCCAAACAGAUGGUGGUGGUGGAUAGCACCAUGGUGGAAAACGAUGUGGCCAAGAGUUUGGCAGCUCUAGAGGAAGAGGAUGACGACGAUGAAGAUGGUGAGGAGUGUGAGGGGAGAAAAAAACUGGAGGUGAAAGCACAUCAAGCAUCUCAUACAAACUACCUGAUGAUGAAAGGAUACUGCAGUCCUGGCAUAGUCAAACUCCGUAGGCUGAACACCACCGACAACAUCGUUCUCGAGUCGUGUAAUGUGAGGUUGCAGCUACGCAGCACACCAGCUCACAACAUCUUCAUUAAUGAGAUUACAGACUCUCCUCAGUUAAACUUGUUUAAAUAUGGUCCGUCACUGGUGCCCUCCAGCCUUACCCAGUCCAUCCACUCCUCCUUCACCCCCUCUCAAUCUGAUGUGAUCGAGUGUGAGAACCAUUUGACGGAGCAGAGAGGAUACACACCACAGGACAUAGAGGCCUGUGCUCAGAUCAGACAGAGCUUAAAUGAAGCUGGUGAGAAUGGUGCUGAUAUGCAGGAUCUCCAGGUGUCUCACCUACACCUGCAGGAGCCGCAGGAUGGGCGCACCAGGAACCUGCAGCAGUAUCUGAAGGACCUACAAGAAGAAGGCCAGGUGGUUAAAGUUGGGAGUUUCGGUGUCCGCUGGGUUCUCAUGCAGCACGCUGAGCCAUGGCUGCUGACUCUAAACUCCAAACAGUGGUACCAGUCACAAGCCACAUCAGACAAACUCACUUUCCUGCAGAGGCAGCACAACUUCCCCUUCAUGCGCAAGAGAUGCCGGCGAGGAACGCGGCGCGAGAAGGAGGAACCACCUGCAAAAAAACUAGCCGUGGAGAGACAAGAGGGCGAGGACAAGGAAGAGGUCGAGGUGGUUUCCAGUGAUGUGACAAGAGAUCAAAUAAAUGAGGAAGAACAGAUCGAGAACCAAAAAGAGAGUGCGGAUAAGGAAAAUGGAGAGGAAGUGUUGAAUGAAGAAGAGGAGGGAGGAAAGGAGAUGCAGCCUGAAGAGAAAGGAGAGGAGGAUGUAGGACAGGAGAAGAUGGAUGCUGAGGAAAAAUUGGGAAAAAGGAGAAGGCUGAAAGCCAGGAGGGGCAGUAUAAACGAUGAAAAGGAUGAAGGUGAUAGCACCAAAGAAGGAGCAGCUGCUGUCUAUGACGACAAUGAAAAUAUAAGUUUCAUCAGCCGCCCGUGGCGAAUGGUUGACGGGACCCUGAACCGGACGGUGUGUAAGGGCAUGCUGGAAGGUAUUCUCUACCACAUCAUGUACCGGCCUGGACUCACUCAGAGGUCACUGGUGGAACAUUACAAAGAUCUGCUGCAGCCAGUGGCAGUGGUAGAUCUGGUGGAGGGCCUCAUACAUAUGGGCUGUGUGACAAAGAGAACUCUGGUUAGAGGCCCUAAACCUUCACUCUUCUCUUCCUCUUCGCCAAAGACCAGAAGUGACAGACAAGUGGAGACUGAGGAUCCAGACUCUGUGUUUUAUGAGCCCACCAUCAGCUGCUGCCUGAGGCUCGCUCAGGUGUUUCCAAACGAACGACACUGGAACCUCUGUUUACCGUGAAGGUAUUCAGGGAUCUUAAUGGCCUGCACUUGGUUUAACUUUUCCUAGCUGUUCAUCACUCUCACUUGUUCCCAUGAAGGCCGUUUUUCCUGAGAUGUCACUCACAUUGUGAAAAGUUCAGACGUUGAACUGUAAUCCCAGGUUUUCUUAUCAGCAACUGACAAGACAAUGGAUUGUAAAAUUUAAGGGGACAUCAGGCUCAUUACAAGGUAAAGUAUUUUUGAUGUGUCAUUCUAGUCGUACAUCAGAUAACGUUAACAUACAACAACUGCUUACCUAGCAUUACUGAAUUACUGAAUUUAAAGCCCAGUUCAGACCGAGGUUUGCGAUAUGCAGAGAUAUUUGAGAGUUUGGCUUGUGAAGGUUGCAGCUGUCUGAAUCAGGCCGUCUCUGCUUGUAUCAAGGCAUCUUAUGAUGCUGCUUGCCAUUCAGCUUAAGUUACAGACGGCUGAUUUCAGGGUGUUGCACGCAGAUAAACGUGUAAAAGGAAAAGGGAAUCUUAUUUUGAAAGGCUAUAAACACCACCAAACAUUUGUUCAAAACAGAAUAUUCAUAUUCAUUCUGUGAAUUCUGGAAAUGCUUAUAUCUGUUUAUAUCUAUUGUAUCUAUACUUUAGGAGCUUAACUUGGAAAAUAACUUAUUCUUAGCAGACAUCUUUGUUCAGAAAAGCAUGUUUGUGUUUAUAUGUGUCAUUUCAUUGCACUUCCAUGCUACGAUGGUGAUAACAAUGAGUAGUAAUCACUCUUGUGCAUCCUUGUAUGAUAUAAAUGUUACGCAUUAUCACAGGAAAACAAAAACUGCCAGAAACGUGAAUGUUCAGUUCAGUCCCUACUGUAUAGACAGUUUUAUUAUGCUGUAACUUAAGAAAUACAUCAUUUAUAAUAGAGUUACUGUGAGUAAUGUUGCUCUCAAAGUAACUCCCGUCACAAGUUUCAGCUCAUCACAAAUCUUUGGUCUGAACUGAGCCUAAAAACAAAUUUGAAUUCCCAUCUCAUGAUAAAAUAAGCUAGCUGCUAACUGUCUGCUGCUGUUUCCUCACAUGUUUUCAAGUAAGUUCUUCACCAGAUAAUACCGUAAGGGACUCCUACUUUGCUUUGAAUUUGAAAUUGCAUAUUUGAUAGUUUACCAGCCAUAUUCCUAGCUAAAAUAACUGCACCAACAUAACAAAUGGAAAUGUUACCCAAGUAGUAGUUGAAUGCCAGCUCAUUGCUAACAGUUUUUAAACAGUAAGGUAAGUUAUAUAUUUAAUUUCCGUCCCCUCACUUCACUAACACAUCCAUGGUCUUCUCAGUUAAUGAUAAAGCUGAAAGCAGGAAGUGAACUUCUAUGUAGUGUGACAUAAGAGGAAAAAUAUUCAUCAUGUGAAUGUGGGGGAAAAGGUGAAUUUUAAGGCUUUUCACUUUAAAGCUACAGUUGGGUCAUAUAAAUUUAGAGAAGAAUCUCUUGCCAUUAGAUUCUUUGACAGAUAUGUUCUCUCUUCUGGUUCCACAGAACUUUUGUUGUAAAUCUUCAAGUUUUAUAUUGUUGUUUUGGUUGUGCUUAUAACCCUAGAAUUAUAAAUUAAAAUG